AUGCUUACGUGUAGUAUUAUUUGUAUAUUAUUGGGAAUUUACUCCGCAUCUACGUCGAAAGUCGAUGUAUCACUAAAUUUGUCUAGACCCAGCUCGAUUCACUUCACGGUAGAAUCUAAGCCUGAUUCCAACUAUCUUCGCCUAAUAUUCUACCCAAAUGAGCAUUACAGAAUCGCAACCAUUGUAGAUAGCGCAACAUUUGUUUGGAAAAGACAAGAAGAUUGUGUUUUAGAGAGUGUAGAUGUGUACUAUAAAAAAUACGCUCCUCAGAUAUUAACGCUAAAUUUCCUUAAAUUUGGUACCAGAUAUUCCGAACAUUAUGGGAAAGACAUAUCAAAGUUCAUCAGAAUCGAAAAGUACCUUUUUGAACUAGUAGCCUUCCUGGAGAACGUCAUGGACCUAAACCUUUAUCUCGACCUGGAUAGAGGUUUUACGUACGCACAUUUUCAAUGGAGGGAAACAGAGCUUGAAGGAAAAGAGUUUAUUGAGUUCUAUCCCAAAAAGAACGUGGAGGUAGUCAAAUUGACCUGUGGAGAUGUUACUUUAAUUGACAAAUCCGAGGGGCAGAGUUUGAAAAAGAUAAUACGCCGUCAAGUGAAACAGGGCGAAGAAAUGGUUCAAGUGGUGAUCAGAAGCGAAACUUGCGGAACGUACACCGAAUGCUUUUACAGGCAACAGAAUAAAAUGGAGCACGUGACCAUGUCAAGGUUUAAGAGGUUGUGCGAGUCUCUGCCCAAAAUUCUUGACAAGACGGUACCGACCCUGUCACAUUUCCCAGAUAUGCAUGAAAAACUCCCGGCAGGUCACGUGUCGGACGAUGAAGAAGAGUCUAAGGAAGAGAAAAGCAAUUCAGAUGACUCCUCCCAGCAAGUACCGACAAAGUCGAAUCCACCGAGCAUGAGUGAAGCCGUACAUCACGAAAUUGAAAAAAGGUACAACGAUGACGGAACCCCUAAGUCGUCUCCGACCCAAAGUCCUAAAAAGCCACUCGUCGAUGUAAUCAAGAAGCAGAUUGAAAUGCGCACUCAAUACUCACAAGACCAAGAUAGAGCGAGAGCGAUAGAGAGAAAAAUCAGGAAGAUACAACCGCCGAAGGGCUUGUUUAAGCUCCCAGAGUUACCGGAGAAUUUCGACGAGCUAGUUAGAUCGGAAAUACCAAAGUCGAUAGUUAGAAAUCGGGUCUUGGAGUUGGAGAAAUCCCAGAGUUCUGAGAGACCACAGCCAACUGAGGAGUCUAAUAAGCCAGUCGAGACACACCAGCCAGUUGCUAUUGAGCCAUUGCAAGAAGAAAUUACCACUGAACGACUUGACGAGUACAUGGCAAGAGAGGAGUCGAUGGGACCUAAUCCCUCGGAUCCCUUCUACGAGGCUCUAGUCAGCGAUAGCACCUAUGAAUCCUAUGAACCCUAUGAAACAGAACCGUUUUAUGAAAUUGCACCUCCAAAUUAUUUGCCAGAAGAUCCGGCGUCAAAGCAGAAACCAGAACCUCAAGUUCCAAAAAAACGCAGUACCUCUAAAAAGAGAUCCAAAAAACAUUCGGGAAAACAGAAUGAACAUUGUGAGCACGUGGUUUUGGAAGAGUCACUCAUAGUGCCCACAGACAUUGAGAAGAUUCCAGAAUCCUAUUUUGAGAUAACGAUUGAGUAUGAACCGGAAGAAUCCGGGUCAACUGACUCUGUAAAAGAACACUCAGGCCAAGAGGAGCAGGACGACGCUGAGGUAGAAGAUCAGGAGUCCCUGGAAGAGGACCGGAAAGUCGAAGAUUGCGUUGAUGAUGAGUUGAGACGCUACCAGUUCGUAGACGUUGCGUUGAAUGAUCACCAACCUCUUGAGUCUGAGGUAAAUGCACAAGAAGCCCUGGAAGAGGAGUUGAAUGAGCUAGACUUCAUUGAUGAUUUUUUGAAAGAAGAAUACGUAGAGGAAGAGCGCGAUGAGAAUUUUGAAGUCAAAGAAUUCCUGGUAGGUGAGUCAAAAGGAGAAGACGAACACAACGGGUUUGCACAGGACUAUUUAACGCAACCACUGCCUGAUUCAGAAGGGCGGGAGAGUGUAACGGAGACGGAAGUUGACUACCAUGAGUUGGGAACAGUCGAAGACGUGUACAAGGCAGUGUCCGCAGACUGCGACUGUGAGCCGACGAAAGCAGUGGACGAGUACCCGCACGUCCUGGAGGCGAUCACAAGUGAAGCGGAGCCGAGCUUCGAGGAGGAGAUUGAGGAAAUCAGACAGGAACCAGCACGGGAGGGCCAGUGGGCGGACUCAGUGGAGAUCACGCUGUACCUGGACGCGGACGACGACAAGGAGCUCUUCCAAGUCUACAAGCAGGAACGCAAAAACGGGCUCUCGCUGAAGCUCUACAGACCGAAGUUUAAGCUGGUCGCAGUGAAGAACACGCUCCCGCUCUGGGUGGCUGACAUGGUCGAAGUGGAGUGCGUCGACGCGAAGCUGCACAAGUACUUAGACGACCCGUGCGCACUGAGGCUCAACAUCGAGAACGCGGACGGCACGAGGACCGUGCGCUUCUACGACCCGGGCAGGUACGCGGAGAUCAGCGAGGAGGAGUACUCGAAGCUGGUCUACGAUCUCUCGAGGAAGGCCGAGAGUUCGGAACCCAAGGGCGUCGCGCUCAACCUCGACUACCCGGAGCAGCUGCACUUGCACGCGACGCUGAUCUACAGCGAGUCGAAAGCGCCGUACAUGAAGUACGCUGCGCACAGCGGCUACGCCUUCACCUCGGUGUACCUGAAACAGAAGCUGGUUUGGAAGGCGAGCCCGGAGUACCCCUUCGCAGACACGGCCACCUACUACACUCACCUGGGCAUGCCCGCGUACCUCGUGCUGAACAUUCCCGAGACCUCGAUGUUCAUCAAGGAGGUCACAGUCGACCUCGUGACGCGGAAAAUGGUGCCGAACCUGAGUGAGCUUCAGCUGAAGACGCUCCUCAACACAGGAGAGCCGGACCAGCGUCUCAUCUUUAACCUUGCGGAUCCCAUAAGCACUGAGCUCUUCAGGGUCUCGAAGGUGCUCUACAAGGGCUUCAUGGUCCGGAACUUCGACGCGGGCCCGCGCAAAGUGACCAUGAUCUACGACGGGACCGAGCUCGUGACACCCACCAACAUCGUGCCCUUCCGCUACUUCAAGGUCUACUACUUCAAGAACCUGCCGGUCAUGAUCCUCACGGACCCGUGCCUGGACCCAGCCUACUUCAGGCGCAAGCCCUCGGGGUGGAUCGGCUCCGGCCUCGUCAACCUCAACGGGGACCUGGACUCCCUGAGGCUGGAGCUGGAGGACACCUCGCUCUACCCGCGCACCUUCAUCUCCCUCGACUACGACAUGGGCGGGGACAAGAACUUCCUAGUGGAGACUGGGCUGCGCAGACUCGUGCCCUACAGGAGCUUCGUGCCCGUGAUGGGCAACAUCAUCUCCAACAUCUACUGCGGCCGCGGAUUCGUGCUUCUCCAGAGGGAGCGCAAGACCUCCGCCGGCGUCACCUUCUUCCUCAAGGACAGCGCCCCGUACAAGGCAGAGCUUCUGAUCAACGCCCGAGCCGGUCUGAAGAAAAUGGUCUUCAAGGUCCUGGAGCACGAGUCCAGGGAGUGGACUCAGGUCGACGAGUCGGUGUUCCUCACUUACUAG